AUGACGCCCAAUCCGUCCCUUAAUGCAUUGCGCAUGGUUACUGAACGCCGCCGCCCGUACCGAUACCACCACCAGUAUCGCAGCACGCGCCAACGCGCCUAUUCUGACCUCACGAGACGCAGUGACCGACGGGUACCAGGACCAGAUGGAACGACCCACCGAAGGGCUCUGGCAAGACGGGCACUUGUUCAACGAUCGAUAGCUUUACGAGGCGACCGUGGACGAAGAGAGCUAUCGCACGCAACGGGACGGGUCCGCAUUGUAUCUUCUCCCCAGGACGACCUUGGCUCUUCAAACCAAACGCCCGCUGUCGCCGGACAGGUGAACCAGCUUUCGAUCAACGAACCGAUACCCAGUCUUUCGGAGAGUCCUCAUGGCCAUGCCACCAACGUCGACCAACCAGAACAAGGGUUUGACUGGAAUGCGGUCAUACCGCCCCCUAGUGCACGGUUUGAGGUGAUCAGAACCCUCACGAGCACACUCAUGAACUCUCUACCGUCAAUUGCCAACAAUGCAGUGCUCGACGCUUUUGAGGCGACGUCCCUGUGGGCGUCUCCUGACGUCGUAGGCCCAGUGUUGGAGGACAAGUUGCGGGAAGCAUUCGCGAGUGCCAUCGACGAUGAAGUUCGUCGCGCAAUCCAGGAAGCAAAACCAGCUUUCGAUCUCGCACUGUCACCGUCUUCGCAAACCGAGGAUCUCGUUUUGUCGCAGUCUCAGACGAACGAGAGCCAGAACCCUGCUCCAGACUUCGCCUUCCCAACCCAGCAUCACGAAGUACCACAACAACCGCUCGCCCGAGACCAUCUUUGCCCGGAGUGUACCAAGGUGAUGACCCGAGGUGUCUGGUAUGACCAUAUCCGCCAAGCCCAUAUGGGUCCGGUCUGCUUAUGGCCUGGCUGUGCCGGACAGACCGAAUUCACCAACUUUCGGGGCCUCCGACUCCAUUUACGGCAACACCGCGACGAGCAAUUGAGCGCCGAACAGCCGCAAGAAGGAAACAAGGAGCGCUGUGCAUGGCCAGAAUGCGAUAAGGCGUAUUCGAGUGAAACGCGUGCAGAGAGGCACCUGUUCGUGCACCAGGUCAACAUUCGACGAGCUAGAGAUGCAGCGCUAGAUGCGAUGUACCGCAUCAAUGAGGAAUCCCGAGGGCUUGUUAAGGGCGAUGGGAGCACCAUAGCCAACGAGAACUAG